AUGGUGGACAUGAGUGGUAUCAACGCAGCUUCCACCAGCACAAUCACGGCCGAAGCAGACUCUACAACUUCAGGCGCCAGUAUCCGCGGGCCAGAGACUUCGGAGACCACUAUCAAGACGAGUAGCCUUUAUACGACUUCGGAGGGACAGCUCUUUAUAAGCAGCCCCUUAACGACAAGUCCUGAGUCAAUGCCUAGCAGCACCUCAACCGGCGAGACCAGUAUGACGUCCGAAGCUAUGACCAGCAUGAGCAGCGCAACGAGCGCGCCGGUCACAACGCCCGUGGCAGUAUCUACGAGUAGCUCGGGUCCUUCUGGAACUACCCCUACUCCCUCCAGCACAGUUAGCCCCUCGGCCGCGACAACUGAGCUGCCGUCAACAAGCUCUGAAGCCACAGGUGCAAGUCCAGAGGAAACGACUACCCCUUCAGAGGUAAUGUCCACUGCUAUUCCCACAACACUCUUGACGGCAACGUCUCCGCCACAACCAAUGAUGACCACCACCGAGGCUCCGGUUGUAUUUGACCCGACGUCGCUGGCGGGUCCAUCGCCAAUAGACACGACUACAGGGCUAGCAACCUGGGAAAAGGUGCGACGAGGCAUUCAGUAUAACGGUCUUCAUUUUCAGAAUGGUCGGCCUCAGUAA